AUGGAAGAAGCCUCACGAAUGCACCUCAUUCACACACACACACAGCAUGAAGAGUUGGAGGCUCUGUUUAGUUGCAACAUGUUUCCAGAUAAAAACCUCCAGAGAGAGCUUGCUUUAAAACUCAACCUACCAGUGUCAACAGUAAAGAUUUGGUUCAGGAAUCAGCGGUUCAAAAAGAGGAAGCAGCAGUGGCAACUAGAGCAGCAAUCACUAAAGCUACCGAACCAGGUCCUUCUAGCCAAGAAUGUGCCCACAGCAUCAACCAGUCCUCAUUCUUUUCUCCCUGCAGUUUCACAUUCCUAUAGCUCCCACUCACCUCAGCCCUUAGACCCUUUCCAUUGGGCAGGGGACUCUAUAAUCACUGAGAUUGCUACAAGUGAUGUCCAAAUGCAAGAUCCUCAGUUGGAGAGGCUAGUGGUCUCAAUUCCUGCUUUGUACUCUGAUGCCUAUGACAUAGCAAAAAUCAUGGAACUGUACAGUUUUCCUGAUGAGGAUGAGAUAGCCAGCUCUUCUUUCCACUCUCUGUAUCAUUAUCUCUCACCGACAAGGCCCAUAGAACAGAGUUCCUCUCUUAGCCUCUUUGCUGAUCCAGCUGUAGGUUUAUCUCCUGGGCAAACCUGCUUCAGUAUGACAAGCUGGAGCUUUGCAGCCUACAGUCUAAGAAACAGCCUGGAAUUCCAGAACCCCUUCAGUAUGGCACACUUUGGAUAUUGCCAAUCAAAGUAA